AUGAGGAAAAAAUUGGAAUCAUGUGAUCUUCCAAGUGCUCCAAUUGAUACUAACCACAUGACUACAAAUCUGUCAAGAGAGAUAGAAGAUGGGUUGUCAGUAGAAAUACCUUCUGAAGAUUACGAGGCCGAGAAAAAACUGAAUAAAGAACAACAAUAUGCCUUCAAAGUAAUCUUAGAAUUCAUACACAAAGGUAAAGCCGCGACAUCUGGAGUUGCCGCUGCAAUAAUGUCUGGCGGAAGAACAACUCAUUCACGUUUCAAAAUACCAAUCGAUGCAAAUGAGUCCAGUGAUUGCAAUAUAUCAAAGCAAAGUGGAGUGAUUAAUCUAUUGCGUACAAAAAAAUUAAUUAUAUGGGAUGAAGCUCCGAUGGCAAAAAGAUGGGCUAUUAAGAAUGUUGAUAAGUUAUUCAAGGACAUAAUGGGAAAUGAUGAACAUUUCGGGGGUAAAGUCGUGGUCUUUGGUGGUGAUUAUAGGCAAGUACUACCCGUGGUUCCAAGGGGUACAAUUCACCAAACUAUUUCUGCCAGUUUCGUGAAAUCAAGGCUAUGGCAUAAAAUGAUAAAAUUUUCUUUGUCUAAGAAUAUGAGAGCGCAAAAAGAUCCUGAAUUCGGUGAUUUCUUACUUUGA